AUGAGUUGGUUACCUUUUCCUCCUGGUUCUCAGAAGAUUACAGAGAUCAUCAAGAAACGAUAUGAUAAACCGUACAAAGAGUUUGGAGAUGUCCUUCUUCCGACAAAGAAGCUUUGGUUUAAGGAGUGGAAGAGCCACUUUCUUAUUGAUGAUGAUGAUGAUGAGUUUUUCUGGAGGGCUUUCAAGUAUAGGACAAGUAAGCGAUUUAGCCAAAUGAUGUCAGAUAUCCGUGAGGGUGUGGAUACAACCCACGAAUGGCUAAUUCUUUCUUACAAAAAGGUGUUGGAAAGGUACUGGGAAACAUAUGAGAAAUGGAAAAAUAUAAGAAAAAAAGCAAGAGAGAAUCGAGCGUCACUCUUAGGUGGUUCUGUCCAUUGCGGUGGUUCUAUUCCAUUGAGCUCAACUAUAGAGAGGAUGAAGAAGCAGUUGGGCCGUACACCAACCCACGAGGAGGUCUUCAAAGAAACCCACACACUUAAAAGUGACAAGUCUAAAUGGGUGGACAAGCGCUCUCAAGACACUCAUGAGAAGUUUAUAAAAAAGUUGGCAGAAGUUCAGGCUCAACAUGCCGAGGCUCAAGCACAGGGAAUGGAGCUACAACCAAUUGAUGAAGACUUGAUUUGGGAGGAAGUGUGUGGUGGGCAAAAGAAGAAUCGAGUUUAUGGAAAAGGGUCAUUCUUUUCUAGCUUUAUCAAGUCUGGAACCACUUCUGCCAAUUUUGUAUCUGAAAGAGCACCAAGAAAUCAAAAUUCUGUUCCUGAUUUGCGAGAACAGAUUCAUAAUCUCAAUGAAGAGCUUUUUCAGUGUGUUACUCAACAAACAGAUGAGCGUAUUAGUAAGUUGUUAGAUACACGCUUGGCUCCUUUGGAAAAGACUCAAAAGAAAUUAGAAAAGUUGGAACGGGCAAUUGGAAAGGCCAACAAGGAAAAGCUGAAACAGAAGAGAUGGAAUGAGGCUUAUGUUAGCUAUUAUGAGAAGGUUAGAGCGUCAAGUAGUUCUAGUGCAGUUCCACUACCACCGCCACCGCCGCCGCCCUCAAUGUCUUUGGAUGAGGGCUAUGAUGAUGAUGAGGAUGAAGAUGAUACUGAAGACUAUAGCUGAUAGUUUUAGUAUGGUUGAACAAUAUACUAGG